UGGUGGCCAAAACAGCUCAAAAAAACAUUUCUUACAAAAACUCAUAUGCAAACUCAGUUUAUGGAAGCUCCACCUUGUUUCUUUGUUGAAAGCUUUUAACAAAAUUAGGUAAUUUUAUCCAAUUUCAGUGGUCUGAGAUUAUUCAUUUGUUGGAACAUAAGGAGCUGACUGUUACUAUAAUGCUAUAGUGAUGGGAAGCCAUUGCUAAAGAUGAAAAGACAAGGAGCAUUUGAGGGGUCGUCAUUUGUAUAUAUCGGGAUGUGGAACCCUUGGCAGGAAGAUAAUGUUCAGAUCAUCCCUUCUAAAGGCUGUGUCUAAACAGCUCAGUUAUCAUCCAGCUGUCACUAAACAGCUCUGUCGUCAUCCUUUCCAGUUUCAUUCAGAGAGAGGAAUGCACAGCAGAAAUAAGAAGGCAAUGGAGUUCAUAGCUAAAGGGUGGAAUGCUCUGCAGGAAGUUGAUAGAGUAAUUGAUUACUGUGAGAUGAAUGACAAACGUCUCAUUCCUUCACUUAAGACAGCAAAGGAGAAUUUUGAGUUGGCCCUGGAAGCAGACAACUCAAAUACGCAUGCGAGAUAUUGGCUUUCAAAACUUCAUCUCAAGUACCAUGUCCCUGGGGCAUGCAAAGCUGUAGGGGCUGCUUUGUUGGUGGAAGCUGCAGAGAUGGGUGAUCCAGAAGCUCAAUUUGAAUUAGGUUGCCGUUUAAGAGUUGAGAAUGAGUAUGUGCAAUCAGAUCAGCAAGCAUUUUACUACUUGGAGAAGGCUGUUGACCAGUUGCAUCCAGGUGCACUUUACCUCUUAGGUGCUGUGUAUCUUACUGGGGAUUGCGUGAAAAAAGAUGUUGGCUCUGCAUUGUGGUGCUUCCAUAGAGCGUCUCAGAAGGGUCAUGCUGGAGCAGCUGUAGCUUGUGGAUCCCUUCUACUCACUGGUGUGGAACUUCCAGAAUCAAUAACAAAAUUUUAUAUGAAGAGGGGGUCAUCAAGCAGAAUUUCAAGGAGGAAUGGAGUUGAUCCUGAGCUUAAUCCGAUUGAUCUGGCCCGAGAACAAUUUGAAAUUGCUGCAAAAGCAGGAUCUGACCUUGGAUUUAGAUGGUUACAAAGACUUGACGAGGAAUUGAAACGUCUGCAGUCUUCCUAGUUCAUGAAUAUCAGAGACUCUAAAAGAGUCUAUUGAUUAUGUACCUACGUGGAAAAAGUUUGAAACUAUAUAUCUGAUGUAAGACAGCUCGUAUUCGUUCAUUUUAGAUUGAGAUUGUGUUGGAAAAGAGUGACAAAUUCGAUGAUGAGUCGAUGGCUGCUGCUGCUGAUAUAUCUAGGGAAUGAUGAGGAACAGAGUUAAGAGCAAGCUGAUUUUUCAACGUUUGUUUGUUGUAUGUCCUUAAUUAGGAAAAGUUGAAUUUUUGGAGUCAGCUUUUUGGUGCAAGAAAAAGAGAGGGAAUUUGUUAGGAAUAUAGUGUUUUCUGCUAGGGAAGUUUUUUCGCUUAAUAUCUUUGGCCUUUUUGCUGAAUGUAUAUUAUGGCUUGAUCAUGGAAUGCUGAAAAGUGAAUAAGAGAUGAUUGAUUGUUUCUCUUAAA